UUGCGACGAAAACAAAGCAUGAUAUUGUGCGACAAUUUUCUCCGAUCCUUCACAUUUCUUUCGUUAUUCUUCUCCCUCUGCGUCCCUCACUCUCUUCCUCGUAAAAAGUGAUCCGCGAGCAGCGUUUUUUCGUUCGGUAAAAAUGCCCCUCCGCGUUCUAUCGAUCAUUUAUAAAUAAUCGCCGGAAAUGUCGCGGGCGAUUGCAAGGGGUGGCGUGGAACCGACCGGCAAAACGAUGCGCACGCAAUCCGUUGUGACCGUCGUACAGGAAAUCGAUCGAAAGCAGAAUACGGAAGUAGCAAGCCUUGGCGAGUUUCCACCUGAAUACUUAAUCAAACAUCCAUUGCAAAACACCUGGACUCUGUGGUAUUACGAGCCUGAUAGGACUAAAACAUGGGAAGAAAGCCAGCGGGAAAUAACAAGCUUUGAUACAGCUGAGGAUUUCUGGAGCUUGUACAACCAUAUAAAGACAGCCUCUGAGUUAAGACAAGGUUGUGACUAUAGCAUGUUUAAGCAAGGAAUUCGGCCUAUGUGGGAGGAUGAUCAGAACAAAUGUGGUGGACGAUGGCUAAUAAAUCUAGACAAAAAGCAAAGAACUACGGAUCUAGAUAAUUUUUGGUUAGAAAUUCUACUGUGUAUGAUUGGGGAAGCCUUCAAUGAAUAUUCUGAUGAUGUUUGCGGAGCCGUAGUAAAUGUCAGGCCAAAAGGAGACAAACUUGGUGUCUGGACAUCGAAUGCAGAUUGUGCAGAUAGUGUUAUGGAAAUUGGCCGGAAACUCAAGGAAAGAUUAAGGAUUACAUCUAAAACUACUAUGGGAUAUCAAGUACAUAAAGAUACUAUGGUGAAAGCUGGGAGUCAAACAAAAAAUACUUAUACACUUUAAAUAUCACUAAAAAUUCAUGAUAUCACCCUUAAGUUGUUCAUUUAAAUGUGUUAAUAUGAAAAAUCAUCAGAUAAUAAAAUUGUG